AGAUAUAACAAGCAAAUACAUUCACGAACUACACGGAACAUACGUCAGGUGAUGUGAGUGGUUGCAAGUGCAAAAUAAUUGUUGUUGAAAUGUUGAGGAACUUGGCUCAAGUGCCAUUGCAAGAACAACUUGACUUCAUUGAUUCCUUCGAUCAUGUAGUUUCAGAUAUAGACGGUGUACUAUGGGUGGCUUCUAAGACACUCCCUGGAUCCCCAGAAUGCAUAGCCACCUUCAAAAAUCUGGGUAAGAGGGUAAAUUACGUAACGAACCAGGCCGUGAACACGGUAGAUGCAAUCUACGGCAGAAUGAAACAAUGCGGCAUCUCUGGAGAACCAGAAGACAUAGUCAAUCCUCUGGUUGGGGUUGUGGACUAUUUGAAGAAAAUCAAGUUCAACAAAGAGUUGUUCGUACUCGCUUCCAACGUUUAUAAAAACGAGCUGCGAAAGGCAGGAUUCAAAGUAGCUCCAGAUCCUCCACAGAUCAUCGACGAAAGUAUAUCUGGCCUUCUAUCGAAUAUAACGGACGAUGAAAAUAUAGGAGCAGUGGUGUACGACUAUGACUUGAAUCUCACGUUUGUGAAAUUGCAAAAAUGUUUGACGUACCUGAAAAGGAAAGACUGCCUCUUCAUCGUAGGUGGCGGCGACAAACAAAUGCCUGUCGGUGAACUGGGGCCCAUAUUCGGAAAUCACUACUUUUAUCAGGGCUUGAGAGAGAUAAGCGGCAGAGAACCCAUCCAAUUUGCGAAACCUUCUGUCCACUAUAAUGAAUUCAUCGUAAAAAAAUUCAAUAUUACUGAUCCGAAGAAGGUUCUGUUCAUUGGAGAUAUGAUCAACGAAGACAUGAAAUUUGCUGCUGUUGGAGGCUACCAUAAGCUUUUGGUACUCACAGGAACCGCUACGAAAGAAGACGUCAUGAGUUGGAAACACCCUGAAGACUGCAAACCAACAUAUUAUGUAGACAGUUUAGGAGUUUUGAAUGAAAUUAUGCAGUGCUUCAAUGAUAAAAAACACAAAAAACUGUAAUCUCCACUUUUGUUUUGGACAGAGAUUGUGUAAACAAGUGCUGACUCUCACUUUUUGCAUUGCGUCUGUUGAAAUUUUUGAAUUGACUCCGUAAAUUAAUUGAAUAAACCAAGAAAAAACAAUGGUGAACUAUAUUCCAGAACAUGGGUUCGAAAUGGAUCAAUAUUUUCAACCAAUUUCUUUGAAAUGCUUCAAUAGCAAACGUUUCAAAUCAUUAGGGUAAGCAAUAGAUGACAUUAUUUCUCCAAACCGUGAGCCUCAUAUAAUUUUUAUUCCACCUGAGGUAAUAAUAAUAUUUAUACACCAUUUUUGAUACACUUGGUACAUAUGGAAUGUCAAGAAACAUAAUGAAUGUAUGAAUAAAAUAUAUAAAAUGUCCUAAAGUAUCUACAGAAGGAAUAUAAAGAAAUAAAAUUCAGACCAGCACAAUUAAAAUACAUUGACAAUAUUAUCAUUCAAGAAUUCUUGGUAACUAUAAUAUGCUUUCUGUAAUAGGAAAAAUUUUACUUUUCCAUGAAAUAUUUUAUCACUCUUGAUACUUCUGACUCCGUGAGGUAACUUAUUAUAAGAGGUAAUGGCAUUAUAAUGAGGGGAAUUUUUAUAGAGUGCCAUUUUGUGAUGUGGGAUCCG